AUGACGGCAUCAGAAGUAUCUUUUAAUCGGAAAAUAAUUUCGGAAGAUUUGUCCAAUGUUGAAUUCGACACCAGUGAAGAUGUCGAAGUCAUACCAACAUUUGAUUCAAUGGGCUUGCGAGAUGAGUUACUGCGGGGAAUAUACACUUACGGUUUCGAAAAGCCGUCAGCUAUACAACAGAGAAGUAUAUUACCCAUUGUAAAAGGUCGUGAUGUGAUAGCUCAGGCUCAAUCGGGUACCGGCAAAACUGCUACAUUUUCAAUAUCAAUAUUGCAAUCACUGGAUACUACUCUUCGUGAGACUCAAUGUCAUGCUUGUAUUGGAGGGACAAAUCUUGGUGAAGAUAUUAGAAAGCUGGAUUAUGGACAACAUGUAGUUUCUGGAACCCCAGGCAGAGUAUUUGAUAUGAUAAGGAGGCGUGUUCUUCGUACAAGAUCCAUAAAGAUGCUAGUUCUUGAUGAGGCAGAUGAGAUGUUAAACAAAGGUUUUAAGGAGCAAAUUUAUGAUGUGUACCGCUAUUUGCCUCCUGCUACCCAAGUCGUACUUAUUUCUGCUACUCUGCCUCAUGAAAUUCUUGAAAUGACUUCAAAGUUUAUGACAGACCCUAUCAGAAUACUUGUAAAACGUGACGAGCUGACACUCGAAGGUAUUAAGCAGUUCUUUGUUGCUGUGGAACGUGAGGAAUGGAAAUUUGACACCUUAUGUGAUCUCUACGACACACUGACUAUUACCCAAGCUGUGAUCUUUUGCAACACUAAAAGGAAGGUAGACUGGCUAACACAGAAAAUGCAGGAAGCUAACUUCACAGUAAGCUCCAUGCAUGGUGAUAUGCCACAAAAAGAAAGAGAUAACAUCAUGAAAGAGUUCCGAUCUGGCCAAAGCCGAGUACUCAUCACAACAGAUGUAUGGGCUAGAGGUAUUGAUGUUCAGCAAGUGUCGUUAGUUAUUAAUUACGAUUUGCCCAACAACCGUGAGUUGUACAUACACAGAAUUGGUCGAUCAGGUCGUUUUGGCCGUAAGGGUGUCGCCAUCAACUUUGUAAAAUCUGACGACAUCAGAAUCUUGAGAGAUAUUGAACAAUACUAUUCUACACAAAUUGACGAAAUGCCAAUGAAUGUUGCAGAUUUAAUA